AUGGCACGUAGAAAUGUAUGGACCAUGGAGGAAACGCGUGAGCUACUUUCCAUCAUCAAGGAGCUGGAUUUGAUGAAGCUUUUCGGCGAAGAGCGCAACAGCAAGCUGUACCAAACUGCGGAGAAUCAUAUGAAGCAGCGAGGAUUCUUCUAUAAGGACGCUUUCCAGAUUGAGCACAAAUGGAAAAAUCUCAAGCGGACGUAUCACAAAACGAAGCGAGAAAACUACCUGACGGAGUCGUGUGAAUUUUACGAAGAACUUGACGAACUUAUGGCCUUGAAACCAGCGAGUUCCAAAACAAAAGGUAAGCAAGUCAGCGAUCGACCGAAACGACCGAGAGCCGUGUUGGAAAACUUUGACCUUCUGCUAACCAAGCUCGCCAAGGUGGAACGUGAAAACAAUGACGAAUUCUUCAAAAAACAAAAAGAUCUCGUAGACUACGAGUUUGAUCUGUACACGCAUGACGAGCGGCAGUACACGACCAAAGUAUCCCAGAUGCUUAAUCGAAACAUGAACGAUUUCUGUGCCAAAGCGAAUCAGAUUCUGCUCCAGGAAGGAAUCGUGGAGAAGAUUGUCGACGAGGAGGAGGAAGCAAAUCUUGGAGAGUCGAAGUCUAUAGAAGAAUUGACCACCACCGAGCAGCUGGUGGUGUUGGAUGAACAACCGGUCGUGAAGAAGGAGAUUGUGAAAGAAUUUUACCAAACGUGGCGAGAAGAAGAACCGUUUUAA